CAAUUCAUGGCGGCGGGUCCGCUGUGCGUGCGCAUUCGCCUGUCUUCGCGCCACAGCGGUUUGUUCGCAUCCGCGCCGCUUCUCCAUACAGCCCCCCCCCCCCCCCCCCGGCUCGGCGUCGGGGGCUUCAAGGGGAAGAAGCGGCUUUGAGACCCUCCCCAGCGCAGGGGAGGCUCCUCCUGGUGCACUUCAGCCCAGACUGGAGAGGAGUCGGUCCACGGAAGACGACUCUAUUCGCACGGGCCGUGCGAAGUUCAUAAAGAUCCCUUCGCCUCCGGUAACACCUGAGGCUAAGAGGCUUAGGGUGAGGAUUGUGGGGGCUUGGCGGCGUAUCAGCGGAGCUGAUUUUAAGGGUUGGGUUUACUGGGAUGGGCUUUAUUCUGCUUUGUUUUUUAUCUUUGGUGUUUGGGGGUAGGGCCGUGAUUGAGAUGAUGGGCGUAUUGGCGCCUGGCGAGCGCGAUUAUCCAGUCUUCUAUCUACUGGAAUGGGUACAUAGCGCGUAUCAUUGGCGCAUGGGUACUACCUGGGUGGAGUACCUAGUAUGGGUAGAGUGUCGCUUGACAUUGGAAAGGACAUUGGAGUUUGGGGUGAGAGGUGUCAUUGCCUGGGGAUAGGCUCAUGUAUUAGGCGUUCGGUGGAUCAUAGGGAGGAGAUAUAUGCGGUUUUAUCUUGUAUCACUUUUUAGUGAUUCGAAAAUAGCUUUUUCUACCUAGCUGUUAAGAAUCCGUC